AUGGUUUGGUGGACGUGUUUUCUAAUAGCUACGGCAGCCAGUGGUUUGAGUGCGUUUUGCGAUCGCGAUUUAAAUGUGUACACCAAUCCCAAACGGGUGUUAAGCGGAGAUCCCUUUGAGCUGAUCUGUUCUUACGAGCCGUGUCGUGGAGAGGGGAACCAUUUUCUACUUUCUAGUGAUCGCCACAAGUUGGAUACUGUGCACGUCGAUAACUUCACCAUCAAGCACAGAGUGACAAAAACACCGCCUGAAGGGGGAAUUAUGAUUUUUAUAUGCGUUAAUGACCGAACCCAACUUUCCAGGGCCAUUGAAGUGAGACCAAAGCUUAAUGUCAAGGACUUUGAGUGCAUUAGUCGCGGCGACAUAUUGGUGGCGGAAUGCAUCUUUAGCCAGUUGGUAUUUAGGGGCUUUUGGGAAUCCAUCAAAUACUAUCUCAGCAUAGAUGGUGGCGAAAAUCAUCAGUGCCAAUCGAUGGGAAAUCGAAUUCAGUGCAGUAAUCAGUACCUUUUAACCGACACAGAGAUGCCAAACCUUACCUUCACACUUGAAAUGCGGUUCGGAUACACAUUGCAAAGGCAGAUAUUUCGCUUCAAUAGGGCCGAAAUAAAAGUGCCGCAUUGGCCGAUAAGCCCGCCCAUAGUCAGCCAAAAACCAGGCCAUUUAACAUGCGUUGAUUUUGGAUCCUAUGCAUACUAUGAUAGAUACGAGUGGAAACUGAUGCUGUUCCCGCAAAAUCCACGAGUCGGUUUGGAGAAAGAGCUCAGACCAAUUCACAGAAGACUUUUAAGGGGAAUGGAUGAGAUAUGUUUCAAAACGCCGCACUACUAUAACCAGACCUUUGUAGUGCAUCUGUGGCGUCGCUACACGAGCGAAAAUAAUAAUAACGCAUGGACCAGGGAUUUUUACGCCGUCAAAUUCACCACGGAUACUUAUCGGCCUGGCAGACCUCCGUACUUACUGAGCGAUGUGUUCUAUUACGAAACAGAUACGAAAUAUCUCCACGUUUUCUGGCACCAUAUGUUCAGUCUGGAGUUUGGCGACUCUGACUUAACCUACAUUGUGCGUACGGACACCAGUAAAAAGGCGCUGCACACAGGAGAAGGCUCCGCCAUAUUUGAUAAAUGGGAGCCCACGCAUCCGGCUACUGUGCUGGUUUGGAGCAAAAACUCUGUGGGUCAGUCGGAGAAUAGCUCGAAACUAAUUGUUCCAGUUCUGGCCAACUUUGAGCUGCAUCAAGCGCAGGACCUGUGGUACCACAAAGAAAACCAAACCAUGACCUGGAAGCCGCCGAAGGAUGUGAAUAAGCUUAUUUCGUAUAUUGUGAUCUGGUGCUUCGUAUCCUCCAACAUAACGUUUAUCUGUGAGGAUCAAAAGGCCAUACAGUCAGAGCCUGUGCCAGCAUCUAUGCAGACAUUUCAGUUCAAAACACAGGCAGCUGACUUGAACAAGGCGGUGGUGGCCCUUUACGAGGACGGAUCCAGCGGAGGCAUGGUGUGGAACGGUCCCAGCUUCACCGAUAGUACAACGGGCGAGUCGAAAUCCUCGGGUAGUGAAGAAAUAUUCUAUAUUGGCGGCUCAGUCGCCGUCGCAUUUCUACCUAUAAUAGCCGCCUUGUUUCGGAAACUUAAGAAAAUGAGUCAAAUUGAUAUAGUAUUUCCCGUUGGCCUGUUCGAUUGUACUGAGGUGAAAAAUGAGUUGACCCAACCGUCUGCUCCCAUCACCAUACCUGGAAGCGUUCCUCCAAGAGGUAUAGUUAAUACUAAAAUUACUAUGAUGAAAAUCAUUCCCGAGGAAGACCUCAAAGUACCUAGUUCGUAUGUGACAAUGAACGAGCCGAGUAUUGAAUCCAGCUUGUAUGUGCCCACGAGAGAACCAGAUAUUGCACCUAGUUCAUAUGUAGCCACGGAAAAACCAAUUGUUGUUUCUAUGUCUUAUGUCACCGUGGACAACACCACUCUUCGAGAACGCACUGUAAGACUUAGUUAUGAAUAG